AUGUGGGGCGAAACUUUUGACGACUUUGAAGAAAAUGAGGUUGGAUUGUCUGAAAAAAGCGUCUUGAGCGGUCUAACUUCUGGAGAGUUCACUUUUCCGAGCUUGCCGUUGGGAAUCCAGGUUGGUAUUCAAAUUAUACUAGAAAAGUAUUGAGUAAACUAUUUCAGCCCGUGGAUUUCAUGAAGACUCAUUUCGGAGCUACUGCCGGAAAGUCUAUGCAAUUCCGCAAGGGAACUACCACUUUGGCUUUUGUUUAUGAUCCUGCGACCCCUAACGACAAGGGAGGAAUUAUCGUUGCCGUCGAUUCGAGAGCUUCAAGUGGAGAAUAUAUCUGUGAGUUUUCCAUGUGUUUUACCAUGCGUCUAUUCAGAAAGAAAAACGUUCUUCCGCCUUAAAGUAUUCAAACGGGAAAAGGUGUUAAUUCUUUUUUUUUUGUUGAAUAGAGAUUUCCAUCAGCCAUCAGUGUAUUGUUUUUACAGCGUCCAAGUCGGUUAUGAAGAUCCUGGAUAUCGGAGAUCGUAUGGUAGCCACAAUGGCCGGAGGAGCUGCCGAUUGCCAGUUUUGGACAAGAACUGUCGCGAAGUACUGCACGUAAGAGUGAUUUAUUUCUAACUAAUCUCACAGUUCAAUUUAGUCUGUACGAACUCCGCGAAAAAACUCCCAUUACUGUCAGCGCUGCAAGCAAGUACUUUGCUAAUGUUCUCUACGGCUACAAAGGACAAGGACUGUCUGUUGUGAGCAAUGUCUUGGCUUUUUAUAAUUCAAUACUUGUUGCCAUCGAUCUUAAAUUGUUGAAGUUGCACAUUUCAAGAAAUUCUUAUCUGAAAAAGAAAGGUCGCACAUUUUACGUUUCAGGGAUCGAUGGUCGCUGGCUAUGACAAGAAAGGACCGCAAAUCUUCAAAGUAGAUAGUGAUGGUGAUCGCUGCUCGCUGAAAGUGUGCUCGGUUGGAUCGGGAUCUCUCAAUGCAUACGGAAUUCUUGACAAUCACUACAAGCCGAAAAUGACCGACGACGAAGCCAGAAAACUGGGCCUUCGCGCCAUCAUGCACGCAACCUACCGCGACUCGGGCUCCGGCGGUGUUUGUAACUGUAAGCAUAAUUUUUAUUCGGCUUUGAACAAAACUUCGUUGAAGUGUGCCACAUUACUCCCACGGAGAAAAUUCGUCUUCCUCCAAUGGAUGUCAGCAAGUUGUGGUACGAGUUCGCCGACGAACUUGGAAGAGACAUCGCUUACAACCCGGUCGAAUGA